UGCUGUUGAUAUCAAAUAAUAGUGAGAUCUUUUACUUUAGCAAAAUGGUUGCCAACGCUGAUAUUCUUCUUUCUAAAUGUUCUCAGUUUCGGAACGAAAGUCAAUUUAUUGAUGUUCGACUAAAAGUUGGUGAAGAUAUCUUUCCAGCUCAUCGCGUCGUGUUGGCUGCAAAUAGUGAUUAUUUCUACGCCAUGUUUACAAAUGGAAUGAAGGAGUCGAACCAGGAAGUGAUCGAGCUGAAGGACAAAAACUUCAAGUCAAACGCUUUAAAGAUCAUCUUAGACUCCAUCUACAAUGGAGAUCUUCAUGUCACCGAGGAAAACGUGUUCGAGGUACUUGCUGCAGCAGAUCAUCUUCAAGUUGCAACUGUUGUUCAACAGUGUUGUGAUUUCCUAGAAAAAGCAUUCGUUCAGCUCCGGCUUGACAUGCAAAAUUACUGCCUGCUCUGCACCAUUGCUGAUAGACACGGCCUGAAAGAUCUGCAAGAGGCAGCCGAGCGCAAGAUGGCAUCAACGUUUAAAGAUAUCUGUGAAAGCGAAGAAUUCUUAUCGAUUAUAGACACAGACCAAUUAGUUACCCUUCUCAGCCGAGAUGACCUCAAUGGACUGUCUGAGACGUUCGUCUUCAAAUCUGUGAUGCAGUGGAUUAAACACAAGAAAGAAGAGAGGUUGGCAGUCGCAGCCAAAGUUAUUGGAGCUGUUCGUCUAGGACUGGUGGACAUCAGAGUUGUGAUUGAAGAACUGAAUACUGAAGAGAUGCAGAGAGAUCCCGAGAUUCACAAACAAGUAUAUGAAGCAUUAGUCCAUAACAACUCAUCGUUACUACCAACAGAGGGCCGCGCCAGUGUAGAAGAUUUGAUUGAUGAUGUUCAUCUUUCAUUUCAGGCUCUCAUUGCAAUUCUUCCCAAUGUUCAAAUGAAGUAUUUUGAUUUCCAAAGCAAAUCAUGGAAAAUUUUACCAUCGACAGUACCGUCGAUCCAGGCACGUUGUUGCGAUUCUGCAGUCUCUGUUGGCUGCAACUUGUUUGUAGCAGGAUCAGCUUACGGUUAUGAUAUUUCCCUUUAUCGUUACGACACAGAGAGUAAUGUCUGGGAGAUGAAGCAGUUUUCGUCCCGUACAUAUUCAGUUAACAAUCUGUGUGUUCUAGGAGACUAUAUUUAUGCUAUUAGUUCUCAUUCAGGUCAGGUUUCUCAAAGAUACAACAUUACCAAAAGGCAGUGGCAAAGUAUUGCAAAACUGAACACAAAUUGUACCUAUCAGGCCUGCAAUUUUGGGUCAAUAGUUCAUUCAAAGGUAAAAAUAUUUGUCCUCUGUGGCGAUAUGUGCCAAGCGGAAGGAAAAUAUAAGCAGGCAGUGCUACAAUGUUUCGACCCAGCUAAGAAUGAGUGGGAAGAAAUGGCAACAACCUGUUACCCUCACUUUGGAUCCAGGCUUUUCGAAGUAAAUGGCAAACUCUGUGUUGCUGGGGGCUAUUGU